AUUCCUGCUUCAGUGUCUUGAGGAUCUUGAUGCCAAUCUACGGAAGCUGAACUCACGUUUGUUUGUUAUUCGUGGACAGCCAGCAGAUGUUUUCCCCAGACUUUUCAAGGAAUGGAAUAUUGCAAAACUUUCUAUUGAAUAUGAUUCUGAACCAUUUGGGAAGGAAAGAGAUGCAGCAAUCAAGAAGCUGGCUAGUGAAGCUGGAGUGGAGGUCAUUGUUCGAAUUUCCCAUACAUUAUAUGACUUAGACAAAAUAAUAGAAUUAAAUGGAGGACAGCCUCCUCUCACUUACAAGCGAUUCCAGACCCUAAUUAGUAGAAUGGAACCACUGGAGAUGCCAGUAGAGACUAUAACCCCAGAAGUAAUGGAAAAAUGUACUACUCCAGUUUCUGAUGACCAUGAUGAGAAAUACGGUGUCCCAUCACUUGAAGAGCUGGGUUUUGACACAGAUGGUCUGCCUUCUGCAGUAUGGCCAGGGGGAGAAACAGAGGCUCUCACACGACUGGAAAGACAUUUAGAACGAAAGGCUUGGGUGGCAAACUUUGAAAGACCACGAAUGAAUGCAAAUUCCCUCCUGGCAAGCCCUACAGGGCUUAGUCCCUACCUCCGCUUUGGCUGUUUGUCCUGUCGUCUCUUUUAUUUCAAGCUAACGGAUCUGUACAAAAAGGUAAAAAAGAACAGUUCCCCUCCCCUCUCCCUCUAUGGCCAGCUGUUAUGGCGUGAAUUUUUCUACACAGCGGCGACUAACAACCCACGGUUUGAUAAAAUGGAGGGGAAUCCUAUCUGUGUUCAAAUUCCAUGGGAUAAGAAUCCUGAAGCUUUGGCCAAAUGGGCAGAAGGCAGAACAGGUUUUCCUUGGAUUGAUGCGAUUAUGACACAGCUUCGUCAAGAAGGCUGGAUUCACCAUUUAGCCCGGCAUGCUGUAGCGUGCUUUUUAACUCGAGGUGAUCUCUGGAUUAGCUGGGAAGAAGGAAUGAAGGUCUUUGAAGAGCUCUUACUUGAUGCAGAUUGGAGUGUGAAUGCUGGAAGCUGGAUGUGGUUAUCCUGUAGUUCCUUCUUCCAGCAGUUUUUUCACUGCUACUGUCCUGUGGGUUUUGGCAGAAGAACUGACCCAAAUGGGGAUUAUAUCAGACGUUAUUUGCCAGUACUUAGAGGUUUCCCUGCAAAAUACAUCUAUGAUCCUUGGAAUGCCCCAGAAAGCAUCCAGAAGGCUGCAAAGUGUAUCAUCGGAGUCAAUUAUCCCAAACCAAUGGUAAAUCAUGCAGAAGCGAGCCGUCUGAAUAUUGAGAGGAUGAAACAAAUCUACCAGCAGCUUUCACGAUACAGAGGGCUGGGUCUUCUUGCAACAGUGCCUUCUAAUCCAAAUGGAAAUGGAAACGGUGGCCUCAUGGGCUAUUCACCAGGAGAAAGCAUUUCUGGUUGUAGCAGUACAGGAGGAGCUCAACUGGGAACUGGUGAUGGUCAUACAGUUGUUCAGCCAUGUGCCCUGGGAGACGCUCAUACAGGAGCAAGUGGAAUUCAGCAGCAAGGUUACUGUCAAGCAAGUAGUAUCUUACAUUAUGCUCAUGGAGACAAUCAGCAAUCACACUUAUUGCAAGCAGGAAGAACGGCCCUUGGUACUGGCAUUAGUGCAGGGAAACGCCCAAAUCCAGAAGAAGAAACUCAGAGCGUUGGACCAAAAGUCCAGCGACAGAGCACAAAUUAAACUGGUAAGAUCUGAGACACCUUAAAGUUAUCCUAAUAAUGAGUAAACUCCUGUACAGAUUUUGUCUGUGAUAACAUUCAUAUCACUGCAAUGCAAAGAAUACCAAAUUAUUGCUGUAAAUAUUCCGGUUCCAGGUACUGUACAAACAAACAGUGCACAAUCCUGGCCCUGAGAGUUUACAAAG